AUGGCUGAUGAAUUUGAUCUCGAAGCACUCGUAGACUUGGAACAGACGUUGGCCUCAUUGUUUUCGUUCUACGACGCCGGGUACACCGACGGCUUUGCGCACGGGCGCAUCCACGGCCUAAUCGAAGGUCGAGCCCUCGGGCGCGAAAAAGGCUUCGAGAUCUGGGAAGAGAUCGGAUUUUACGAAGGGUUCGCUAAUACCUGGAAAGCGAUAUACGCAAAGCAUGGACACGACGACCAACGCGCGGUGCACCAUAUCAAGCAUCUGCUUGAUCUCGUAUCACAAUUUCCGAAGACGAAUCCUUCUCCUGCUGCAAUAGCGUCUGGCGAUAUGGAAGAGGUCGAUGUUUCGAAGCUCCAGCGCCAGAUUCGAUCGCGGUACAAGGCGUUGUGCGCAUCACUUGGUGUGAAACCUACGUUGAGAGCGGUCGAUGCAGAUGCUACUGAGGACGGUGGUGUUCAAAGUGCGGAUCAGCAGAAACCAGUGUGGAAAUUAGAAGAGGAUGCGAAAAGACCGACGACGGUGCAAGGACUUAGUUUUUGA